GCGGGCGGGGAAGAGCCGGGGCGGGCGGCGGCGGCGCCAUGGAGGAUGAAAUGCCCAAGACCCUGUACGUGGGGAACCUCUCCAGGGACGUGACCGAGGCUCUGAUCCUCCAACUGUUCAGCCAGAUUGGACCCUGCAAGAACUGCAAGAUGAUCAUGGAUACAGCUGGCAAUGAUCCCUACUGCUUCGUGGAGUUCUACGAGCACCGGCACGCGGCCGCAGCCCUGGCUGCCAUGAACGGCAGGAAGAUAAUGGGUAAGGAGGUCAAAGUGAACUGGGCCACCACCCCCAGCAGCCAGAAGAAAGACACCAGCAACCAUUUCCACGUCUUUGUUGGAGACCURAGCCCUGAAAUCACUACCGAGGACAUCAAAGCAGCCUUCGCUCCCUUCGGGAGGAUCUCGUAA